CGCAUCCGCAAAAUUUCCGUUCUUCUAAGACUCCCGUUAUAUUGGCAUAUACUACAAAUGUGACGGGCACACUUACGAGGUUUUCUUCGAGACGCAGUAACAUAUUUGCGUAAUAAUGCGGCGAAACCGGCGAGGAACUAGAGCAAUUUGUGUGCUAUUGUAUACGCUGCUUUCUUCAUUGGCUGCGACCCAUGGACAAAUAAUAUAUUCCGUGGCUGAAGAGACUACGCCGGGAGCAACUGUUGGAAAUCUAGCGAAGGAUCUUAAUGUUAAUUUGGAAGAUCUGGAGAUGCGUAAGUUGCGAAUUGCCGGGCCCAGCAAUAAAUAUUUCGGCAUAAAUGUAAAAACUAGUGUUCUCUUCGUGAAGGAUCGGAUAGACAGGGAGCUGUUAUGCUCUCAGAGCGCCGUAUGUUUUUUAGAUCUGGAGGCCAUUGUUGAGGAUCCUUUUAACAUUUACCGUAUUCGGAUUAACGUGACGGAUGUUAACGAUCAAUCACCACUGUUCCCUUUGGAAACCUUGUAUAUUAACGUGUCAGAAUCCACGUUGCCAGGGGCAAGGUUUGUGUUAUUGAAUGCAGAGGAUGAGGAUGUCGGCGCAAAUACAAUAAAGACAUAUAGAAUGAGCUCUAACGAACACUUCUUCUUGGAUGUACAGAGCGCUGGAGAGCAAAGUGUAUCUGCUGAGUUGGUACUACAGAAAGCAUUAGACCGAGAGAAAGAGCCUGUGAUUCAUCUAAUACUGACUGCUGUUGAUGGGGGUAAACCUGCUCGAACCGGUAAUUUAAAGAUUAUUGUAAAUGUGCUAGAUAUUAACGAUAAUAGUCCAAUAUUUAGUAAACCACUUUAUAAAGUUACGGUAGUGGAAAAUGUACCACCUGGUACUGAAAUAAUAAAAGUAAACGCAACCGAUACUGAUGAAGGAAUUAAUAGUGAAAUAAUCUAUUCAUUCAGUAAUCAUAAACUGAAAGAUGUGAUUGAUGUAUUCAAUAUUGAUGCAACAAGCGGCGUAAUUUCCGUUAAGGGUGAAAUUGAUUACGAAGAAAAAAAAGUAUAUGAAAUACGCGUGCAAGCUCAGGAUCGCGGACACUCUCCGAUGGUCUCGCACUGCAAAGUGCUGGUAGAAGUAACUGACGUUAACGAUAAUAUUCCUACAAUAACAAUAACGCCAAUAUCCAAUUCUGUCAGAGAAGAUGCCAGAAUCGGAACUGUGGUGGCCUUGGUUGCAGUAUCGGAUAGUGAUGAAGGUGCAAAUGGAAACGUAAACUGCGUAAUUUCUCAUAAUGUACCUUUUAGAUUACAAAGGAACUAUAAAAAUUAUUACUCUUUUGAAGUCAGUGAACCAUUAGAUAGGGAGAAAACUUCUCUGUAUAACGUGACCAUCACUGCCACUGAUGAGGGCAGCCCUCCCCUAUCAAAAACUAAAGUUAUUCACGUUUUGGUAUCUGACGUUAAUGAUAAUGCGCCGCGAUUUUUUGAAUCUGAGCUUAAUUUCUACCUAAAAGAAAACAAUCCGUUGGGAGCACUUAUACAAACCGUUACGGCAUUUGAUGCUGAUGCUAAUGAAAAUGCCCAUGUAACAUAUUCUUUAAUGAACAGUAACAGCAAAGGAGCUCCUGUAUCCACCAUGGUAAACAUCAACUCUAUCACAGGCGAAUUAUAUAGUAUGCAGGCCUUUGAUUAUGAGGAAACUAAGACUUUCCAGUUUCGUGUUCUGGCAACAGACUCCGGUGUCCCUCCAUUAAGCAGUAAUGUGACUGUGAAUGUUUUUAUAUUGGACGUGAAUGACAAUAGUCCUCAAAUUCUCCCACCUUAUUCGGACCAGGGCUCCGUAAAUACAGAGAGCAUUCCCUACUCUGCUGAAGCGGGAUACUUUGUGGCCAAGAUCAGGGCUGUGGACGCUGACUCUGGUUAUAAUGCUCUGCUUUCUUACCACAUCUCCGAACCAAAAGGAUCCACUCUCUUCAGAAUUGGAACCAAUACAGGGGAAAUAAGGACUAAAAGGCGAAUGAGCGACAAUGACUUGAGGACCCACCCGCUGGUCAUUUUGGUUUCUGACAGCGGAGAUGUUUCCCUGUCAGCGACGGUGUCUAUGGAUGUUGCGGUUGUCGAAAAUAACGCUGAAAUACAGACUCAUCAGCUCCGACUAAGACCAAGAAAGGAAGAGAGUUUUACCAGUUUAAAUCUAUAUUUACUUAUUGCUGUUGUAUCAGUGUCCAUAAUAUUUUUAUUGAGUAUCGUAACUUUAAUAGCAGCAAAAUUCCAAAGGACGUACGGCACUUUCGAUAGCUGUAGCGCCCCAGCCAUCACCACGCAUCCCGACGGAAGCUGGUCGUACUCAAAAUCCGCUCAGCAGUACGACGUGUGUUUUAGCUCAGACACACUGAAGAGUGAAAUAACAGCUUUUCCAACACCACUUCCGCCGAUAGAUGUGGAUGUGUUCAGCAUUAAUGGAGGUGACAGUUCUAUGCGUAACCAAACGCUACCCAAAAGUGAGAAGGUAAGACGAAGAAUUAAAUCCUUGUAUGUAUUUUUCUGUUAUCAUCCAUAGCUUUGUUCCUUUUUCCAGAUCGGCU